UUUAUUAUUUUCCGUGUGUUGCAUCGCCCGAACUAAUAUGUGCAUUUCCUGGUCGCGAGUCAAAAACAUCAAUGAAUCGUUAUCUAAUUCAUUUAUCCUAUAUCGGAACGCAAUUCAGGGGUAUCCAGAAGAACGUUUACUUCAAAGGAAAUGAGUUGGUAAAUCCGGUGGAUUACAACUCGGUAGAAGGCCUGUUGGAGAUUGCAUUGAAAAAGUUUGAUCCGAUAAACGAGUUCAAAAUAAAAAUAUCUAGCAGAACUGAUGCAGGUGUCCACGCGCUACACAACACAGUGCAUGUGGAUCUGGAAAGACGUAAUGGCCGUACGUACCCGGAAGAAAAAAUGACACAAAAACUAAACCGUUCGUUAGGUGGACAAGGGUUACCGAUUCGGGUGCUCAAGACCCAAUUAGUUCCCAUGACUUUCCAUGCCAGACUGUGUGCCAAAUCUCGUACAUACCUGUACCGGCUGGGAGCAUUGCGCCCGGAACAUUGUGACAAAUAUCAAAAUCAACCCUUCAGUAGAUUCAUUCCAAUCGAAGAGCAUGACCGCUGCUAUUUUAUUGCACACCGAGAUUUUAACAUCGAUCGACUGAGACGAGUGGCUAAAAUGUUUGAGGGAUACCACGAUUUUCGUACGUUCAUGGCCACUAGCCGAGGUAAUUCUCGACAAAUUCACGCUUCACAUACGUUGAGAACCAUUGAGAGCAUUUGUAUUGAACCUGGCCAAUCCAUGGUUAGCUUAUUCCAUAAACGUUCAGCCGAAUAUUUUUACGAUUAUUGGGAUAUUCAAAUUCGUGCAAAAUCGUUUCUAUAUAAUCAGGUUCGUCGCAUGGUAGGUUCCUGGAUUGCUGCCGCAGAAGGACGAAUUUCAGAACGAGACAUCUACCAGAUGCUCACCGUUCCUUCAAAGCAAACGUGGUGUGAUAAAGCUGUGGUAGCCCCUGCUAGUGCUCUGUUUCUUUGUAAGGUUGAAUACGAUCCAGCCGAUUUAGCGUUUCCUGUCGAUAGUGAUGAGCUUCCUAGAGCAAUUGAAACGGGGGAAAACGUCCCUACAGCCGACGGAAACCACCGUUACCUACAUGGACGGCAGUAGGAAGAUUUUUCGCGGGGAGAUAGAGAAAGAUGCUCCUGCUCGAUUGGGUUUUAUUAUUGACACCAGUCCAGAUCAAGUGCCGGCUUGCAUUCUCAAUGAGAUUCUGUACCUUGGCUCACAGGACUGUGUGCGAAAAGAAGUUCUUGCA